AUGAAAGUCCUACUUAACUUCACCCUACUUGGCACCCUGGCUGCUCUUGGAGUUGCUACAUCUAUUCCAGCCUCCCCGCGUGACGCCAACCGUCCUCAGAUCGCUACGACUGAAGACAUUCAUGAUCUCCCAGAAGGUUUUACUUGGGAUAUUGUGGAGCGGCCUAGAGGCAGUGAUACAAGGACCAAAAACCCUGUAUCGAACCCAGACCUUCAAACGGAUGGUCUUGAAAAGCGAGCUAUGGGAAUCACUUGCACAGGGGUUAGUAACGAACGACAAUUCCAGUCCUAA